CCGAACAUCUGCGAGCACAUCAUAGGUGAAAAAUUCUGGCUUUCCCUUCUGUUGCAGCUCCGGGAAACGUACUCCAAGAGCGGCAUUGCUUGUCUCACCGGGGAGGAAAUCGGAAAUUUCAUCCAAAACUUGGAUCUAAUUGAAAGCGAAGACAGAGUGGCUGAUCCCUGCUGGCAAGUAAAGUGGCACCUGGGAAAGUUAAUUAAAAAGAUGAUGUCAAGAAGCUACGAGGAAAACAUAUCUGCAGUCAACGCUGAGCGAGCCCUGACGCUGUCGCACACCGACGGGCAGCAGCCGCGCGGUCCCAUCAACAGGAUCGCGGCGCAUCUGACGGGCAACAGCAAUAGGAAGAAUUCCCUGUCCCCACACAUAGAUUCCUCACCCAGAAGAGGGAAUGGACAAAAAAUAAACAACUGGGAAUCGUCAAGGUUUUUCCUUCACAACGUGGAGCUGAGAAACGGCGAGUUAGUGAUACCCCAAACGGGCUUUUAUUACAUCUACUCACAAACUUAUUUUCGCUUCCGUGAAAACGAGAACGAGGAUUCAGAUUUGUUGGCUCAAAUCAGGAACCCCAAACAGCUUGUCCAGUAUGUUUACAAACUGACUAACUACCCAGAGCCCAUUUUGCUCAUGAAAAGUGCAAGAACAAGCUGUUGGUCUAAAAAGGCAGAAUAUGGACUUUACUCCAUCUACCAAGGUGGUGUGUUUCAGCUGAAAAAAGAGGACAGGAUUUUCGUCUCUGUCAGUAACAGUGACAUAGUCGACAUGGACAAAGAAGCGAGUUUUUUUGGAGCCUUUAUGAUCGGUUAA